UGCGGGGGUGGGAUAAAAUCCUGCAGAUUGAUAGCGUUUGGCCAAUCAUCGCUCUCCCUGCGUUGGAUUGCUGAGCUCUUGUCCAAUCAGCUGCGCGCUCUGCAAGCGCGUCACAAGCGUAACGGCCAAUAGGCAUCGCGUAGAUCUCGCUGAAGCAGGAGUUCCCUGUAGCUGUGGAUUGAGGAUUAAUGGAAGGGCUCUGACUGCCGAAUUAUGCGAGCUACAUAGCGCACACGACCGAAUCGCUUCAUCAACAUAAACAAGCAAACGAUCACGCUACCGAAAAGGUGCGGCGAAGUCGGCGUGCUGCGACCGGAAUCGCGCGCGGACGGUGAAAACAAGGGCUCGUGGCGCUCAAGAGGAAAGUCGAGGGCCUCGCUGAGGGUUAGCAGAGCGAGAGAAGAAGAAGACGGGCUCUUAGUGCUAUUUCAGCGGACCGGACCCGACCCAGGAGAGCUGAGAGACGUUACCAAAACCGAAGCUCUGCAACCAGACAGCUACUGUUAGCUAGCUAGCGCUCGCUCGCUAGCUAGCUAACCAACUAACCAGCUACUAUCAACCUCCAGACUUUAUGUGGUCUGACAGCGUACUGUGAUCCAGCGAGUUAUGAUCAGACACAGCUAGUGCAACGGACGCAGAAAUCGUAUGAGCAGUCAGGGGACGGAGUCUGAAGACAGUUGGCGUCAAGACAAGUCGAUUUAGAUCUGUUAUACCUGGCCUGCAAUCAUGGGCAACGCGCCCACCGCCAAGAACAAGGGCAAUGAGAUGGAGAGCGUUAAGGAGUUUCUUGCUAAAGCCAAAGAAGAUUUCCUAAAGAAAUGGGAGAACCCAGCACAGAAUACUGCAUCUCUGGACCAUUUUGAGAGGUUGAAGACUCUAGGCACUGGCUCGUUUGGACGAGUCAUGCUAGUCAAGCACAAAGAGUCAGGCCAGCAUUUUGCCAUGAAGAUCCUCGACAAACAGAAGGUGGUGAAACUGAAACAGAUAGAACACACACUGAAUGAGAAACGCAUCCUGCAGGCCGUCAGCUUCCCGUUCCUUGUGCGAUUGGAGCACUCGUUCAAGGACAAUACUAACCUGUAUAUGGUAAUGGAGUAUGUUCCUGGAGGAGAGAUGUUCUCUCACUUACGUAGAAUUGGCCGGUUUAGUGAGCCUCAUGCCCGAUUCUACGCCGCCCAGAUAGUUCUGACCUUUGAGUACCUUCACUCACUUGAUCUAAUCUACCGAGAUCUGAAGCCUGAAAACCUGCUCAUAGACCAGCAGGGCUACAUACAGGUAACAGAUUUUGGAUUUGCUAAACGUGUAAAGGGCAGGACCUGGACACUGUGUGGCACACCCGAGUACCUGGCGCCAGAAAUCAUCCUCAGUAAAGGUUAUAAUAAAGCAGUGGACUGGUGGGCUCUGGGAGUGCUGAUCUAUGAAAUGGCUGCCGGUUACCCUCCGUUCUUUGCCGACCAGCCCAUCCAGAUCUACGAGAAGAUUGUUUCUGGGAAGGUGAGCGCUGCGAGAGAUUAUCACAUUAUUUGGUGCUGGAUGUCAUAUAGUGCAGUGGCCACUCUGUACUGCGCACUAGAGAUCUGCUACCCGACCCGAGCCCGAAGGGUCCUGAAAUAUUUUCGGGGUUCGGGUUAA